GGCCCCGGCCGGCCAGGGACGCGGCCCCUCCCCGGCCGCCAGCGCGCCCCUCCCGUUACACCCGGGGGAAGGUGUUCCCGAGGCCGCUCCCAGCCUCACCCCGCCUCCCCGCUGCCCCGGCUCCAGCCUCCGCCGGCGGAGCUCCACUAUGCCAGACAGUUUCGACACUUUGCAAAGACAAAGACCAGAAGGAGGAGGAAGAGGAGGAAGAGGAGGGAGGAGGGGGGAGAGGGGGACGGGGCGAUGUGAGCCGGGAAGGGGGCCAGUGUUCGGGACACCACCCCCCCCGUAGUCUCCUCGGAGCCCCUCAUCCCCGAAGCCGCGGAAACUCCAGCGUGUCUCCAGCUGCGUUGGGACCAUUUUCAGACUCAACCUUUCUGACCUGGAAAUGCCAGAAGUAACUAUCAUCGCGAGGGGCCGUGGUGAGCAGACAUUUUGAGCUUUGUGGCCAGGACAGUUUCAUUUGAGGACCGGAAGUGGACGGUCCCCCACCUCAGCCUACUUAGAUGACAGACAGCCCUCCGUGCCUUCAUCAAGCAGGCUGCUUAAUGGUGACAGCAUGGGAAAAACCGGGCUCUAAUUAAGUAUCAUCACACAGCAUCCCUUCCGGAGGAUGGUGGCAAAGACAGCUUCCCCCUGUCCUGCACCGUGACCCUUCCUUCGAGGUCCUCACCACCCCCCUCCGAGAGUCCCCGCACCUGUCACAAAGAUUAACUACCCCUCAACCCCUUUGGAUGGGAACGGAAAUCAUAUUAUUAAGUUUGAUUAAAGCUUCAAGAGACAUUAUCGGCUGUUUAAGGGCUGCUGACGAAGCAGCCUGCUUAUUUCCUGAAAAGACAGAUUAUAUGCAAGAGGAGUCAACCCCUGCGUCCCCUCCACGAGUGGUCACUUAGCCUCCGACCCUCACAGGGUGAUGUCCGGCGCACAGGGGCGGCCACUGCCCAGCGGGAGCCAGGUCGGCCGUAGUCGCCCUGGGAAUCCCCACCUUGCCUUGUGAUCGAGCCUCUGUCUCUGGGAUUUUCCUCCCACGUUCCCCACUCGGCUCCCGGGCGUGAUUUCCUCCGGCGCAUCCCUGGGAGGCGCCCCCUCUGGAGAGCAGAAAUGGUGACCAUGAGGAAAAGGACUCUCAAAGGGCUCACCCUCCUCGUUCUCUUCAUCUUCCUCACCUCCUUCUUCCUCAACUACUCCCACACCAUGGUGAGCACCACCUGGUUUCCCAAGCAGAUGGUCGUUGAGCUGUCCGAGAACUUCAAGAAGUUCAUGAAGUACGCCCACCGGCCGUGCACCUGCGCCCGCUGCAUCGGGCAGCAGAAGGUCUCGCCCUGGUUCGAUGAGAGGUUCAACCGGUCCAUGCAGCCGUUGCUCACUGCCCAGAACGCGCUCCUGGAGGAAGACACCUACAGCUGGUGGCUGAGGCUCCAGCGGGAGAAACAACCCACUAACCUGAACGACACCAUCAAGGAGCUGUUCCAGGUGGUGCCUGGGGACGUGGACCCCCUGCUGGAGAAGAAGUUGGGGGGCUGCCGGCGCUGCGCCGUCGUGGGCAACUCUGGGAACCUGAGGGCGUCCUGGUACGGGCCCCAGAUAGACGGCCACGACUUCGUGCUGAGGAUGAACAAGGCGCCCACAGCGGGCUUUGAGGCCGACGUGGGGAGCAAGACCACGCACCACCUGGUGUACCCCGAGAGCUUCAGGGAGCUGGGGGAGAACGUCAGCAUGGUCCUGGUCCCCUUCAAGACCACCGACCUGGAGUGGGUGGUCAGUGCCACCACCACGGGCACCAUCUCUCACACCUACGUUCCUGUCCCCGCGAAGAUCAAAGUGAAAAAGAAUAAGAUCCUGAUCUAUCACCCGGCCUUCAUCAAGUACGUCUUUGACAGCUGGCUGCAGGGCCACGGGCGGUACCCGUCCACCGGCAUCCUGUCUGUCAUCUUCUCGCUGCACAUCUGCGAUGAGGUGGACCUGUACGGCUUCGGGGCAGACAGCAAGGGGAACUGGCAUCACUACUGGGAGAACAACCCUUCGGCGGGGGCUUUCCGCAAGACCGGGGUGCACGACGGGGACUUCGAGUCCAACGUGACGGCCACCUUGGCAUCCAUCAAUAAAAUCCGGAUAUUCAAGGGGAGAUGACGCUGCAAAGGAGGACUGAGGCUCGCCUCUCCGCGUCCAGCCCCCGCUUCUCGCCGGGGCCGUUCUGUCCCGGGAGCUUCGAGGGCCAGCCUCGGGGGUGGGGGGUGGGGUGCAGCCCCUGCCCGCCAACAUGUGGCAGCGUCUCCUCGGCAAGGUGCCCGAGCCCCGGGCCUGCGGAGUAAGUGUCCCAACUGGGCUUCCAUGGAGAGCCCCUCCCUGCUGUUCUGGAGCCAGAGGAAGGUGGGGAGACGCGGCGGGCAGGGGGUCAGGGGGUCCGGUCUCCAAACACUGAGGUCACGUUGGCUUCCGGGGAGGGGGCGGACACUUGGGACUCUGUAUUCUAAAGUAAAGGACAGUUUUCCAGGAUGGACUCUGCCCGGGGACCCAGGGACGGCCUCAGGACAGAGCCACGAUGGACCAUGUGGACCUGGGGGCCAGAUGGCGCCUUUCUCUGCACGAUGCCUGGCCCCUCCCUCACUUGGCUCCACAACCCCCACCCCCACCCCUCUCUGUCUUCCCAAAGCUCCUUUGUGGUGGCUGGAGAGGCGCCCCGCCCCGAAGGGCUUCCCAGACCCUGGUGGGUGUUUCAGACUCCAGCACGUGUCUUCUCCUAGGCGAUGUCCCUGAGUGACGGAUCCCUGCGGCUGUAACCGUGAUUGAGAGCAGAUCUGACUGCUUCCGUGUGCCUUUGUGUUUGGGGGAGAGACGCGCGCAUCGACUGAAACAAGGCGAAAGCCUUGGCUCAGGAGAGGGGACCCCCAGCAAUGCUGCCCCCUUGCUCUGCGGCUCGGGACGUCUUUCCUAGUUUCCUGAGGCGGUGCCUGAGCGGGAGCAAAGCUCUGGUGACAGUGCUGUCCCAAGGCGGGACACCAUCUUAACUUGCGUUCACGGACUGUCGGAUGUGGUGCCCAUGACCUUCCAAGGCCACGCAUGUAACCUCCACCAGCCAGCACUUUCCUUAGGGUUGUAGGACCGUCCCGGGAACAUCACCUUCAGAGCCGGAGAAGACAUACCUCAUUCUCUCCCUCCCAGGCUGCUCUGAUCUUUCCUCAUCAGCCUUCCUGAUUAUUUAUUGAUUUAUUCUUUUAGUUCAGCGGACGUUGUGUGCACUUUGUGGCGCUGUGGCCGGUCCUGAUCGCUGAGUGGAGCCUGCUCUUGCUUCACCUGGCAGCCGGGGCGUGGAGGAGCUUGAAUCUAGGUUCGCAGGGCUCUUCAGAUUCGGGGCGCUGGGCGGUGGGGUAUCUAGGGCUUGGGGGCUUGCGGGUGGGCAGAUUUCAGGCUGGUAGGUGUGCGGAGUGCUCUGCCCCUCCUUCCCUUCGGCCCCACCUCCCUUCCUGUCAUUGUGGAUUGGCUGGGGCUAAGAAUCUCCAAAGCUCAAAGCUCAGCGGGACUUCCUUGGGGCCAGGUGGGGAGUGGAGUCACGGGUGUAAGAGGAGUGAUUGUGAGCUCCAGUUACUGACUCUUCAUCAGAAAAACCACUUUUCCUGUUGAGAGCAUUUGCUAACAGGCAGCUGCUACCUUGAGGAGGUGCGACUGUUUCCUGGAGGGGGUGUGAGACAUGCCAGUCUCAGAAGCCACGCCUGUUCCCUGCCCUCCCCGCUGCAGCCUCUCCCUCUACAAACAGGGAGGGAGGCACGUGGGGAGCUCAGGGCCGCAGGUGGCGGUAGGCAGGUCACAAGGGUCCCCAGAAGUGGUCCCAAGCCUGUGCAUGUGAGCAUUGUCGUGGGGACAGAUUCCUUAGCCUUUAGUAGUCUCAGAGAUUCAGAAUCCGGAAUGUAGUCUAUAAAAUAACAACAGAGAACGUGUUCUAGCUUUAAAGUCCCCCGGAACCUAAGACUCUCGUGACUGUUGAAGGCUCAUAAACCACCGUGAGGUCGUCGUCCUUAUCAUAAAUGCUGUCGGCUGGCUGACUGGUCUCGGGGACAGCCCUCGAGGACAGCGGCCGCUGAGACCGGGCAGAGGGGACUCCUGAGCUCUUCCCGAGUCCGUACCGGAAUGACGGACUCAGGGCACCCAGUCCGCUCCCAGGCAUCGCCCAGUCAGAACAGGUGCCUGCAGGGAGGCAGUGGGUGCAGGCUGCCCGGUCCUGGCCGUCUCUCCCUUCCGGGAGGCCGAUCAGAGAAGCAGGGCCCAGAGGAGGGAAGCGAGUUGCCAAAGUGAACCAAGAAUUAUGACAGCCCGACUCAAACACUUUGAGCAAAAACAGGACGUCAUUGGCUCUGUUUCAAACACCCUGAGGUGGGCUUUCCCAGCUGGGCUGCAUCCAGCAUCUCUGAGAACAGUGACGGGGGAGGGGGGGGUCUUUGCCUCCUCCCCACCGGCCUCGUUCUCAGGCUGCCCGUGGUGGGGCCCGCCUUCUGCCACCCUCCCUCCAGCAGAGGAGAAACCUUGCUUUUCCCAGCGCCCUGCACACAUUUGCGGUCACUGGCUUGGCAGACCCAAUAUGCUCCAGUCACUGUGACUGGGACUGAAUGCACUGAUUGGCUUAAGCCAGUUAGUGUCUAUACCCCAGAGGGUAAGGAUGGCUGAGAAUCGGCACGCUCAGUGUUCUGUGGGUGGGUAACGCGAAGCACCCAGCCAGCUCUCGAGAGUGUCCACUGCUCUCACCGCUCACCGUGGGGCUCCCAGCCUCGGCUCCUUGGAGGCCAGCCCUGGGCCCCGGGCACGGAGCAGAGGUGUCCCUGCUGCGCUCAUCAGUGCAGAGCCUAAAGCCAGAAAUAGCAGGGCUGAGGAGGGAGAGCGAUCUCAGCACCCUCUCCAGGCCCCAGAGAGCCAGGACGCUGAUUUUCUUGAGCCGCAGUCACGUCCUGCAAAACCAGCACCGCUUUCACAUGCCCCCGGAGCCCUGCUCCCCUCCUCCCCCCCCCCAGUUAGGGCAGAAAGCGGGAUGGGCUUGUAGCUCCUGGCCCCCAGAGCCAUCAUCAGGCAGAAAAGAAAAUUCUUAAACUGAUGCCUUUUGAGACUCUGGCCUCAGCAGGUGUGGCCCAGCGAGCCCCACGGGCUGCGCUUAGCGGGAGAACCGGGUACAAGAAAGCAGGACUUAAAAUAGGGAAGCCAGACACGAAGGCGGGGAGGGCGAUGCUUGUAAAGUGCUGGGGGCCAGAGGACUGGGCAUCUGGGUCCAGGCCGCAGUUGAGUCGCAGAGAAUGCUUAGAACCUUGACGUCUGCUUUAACUGUUCUCGUCAAGGCAGCCUGAGCACUAAAACAGGAAACAGAAAAGAACCCAUGUGGGUGUCACCAAAAAUGCUCUCUCCAGGGAAGGGUAAGCCCUGAGGGGCCGCUGUCCAGCGCGAGAUGGCCGGUUGCUCGACAUGUGCUGUCAGCCAGCUGCUGUCCUUGUGCACACACACACACACACACACACACACACACACCCGGGGUUAUCGCUGUGCCCCUCAUGGACAUCUGGUUGGAAGCAGACGUGCCCACAGGCCCCCGCUUGGUCAGCCUCCCCUGUGGUCUGGGCUCACAGGUCUUGAGAUGGAGUCAGCCUUCCUCUUGCUCGUCCCGAAGACCGGCCCGCCGCCUCUGGGGGACAGAGAGGAGCAGGGGAUGUGGAGGAACUGCAGAGACCCGCAGGGCGGCGCACACGGUGUGCUGGCAUCCGGGCAUUAGCGGCUUCUCGCCAGAUGAGUAGCAAUGUGCUUCCUACAAGCGGCCGUCUGCUCCCGGCCCCCUGCGGCCAGCCCACCCCCGGCUUUCCUUCUCGGCCCAUGAGAUCUGCACUGGUGUUGAACUUGACCCCCUGCCUGGCUCAGCCUCUCUCCCUGGGCAGAACUCCGUCUGUGUCCACCUGUGGAUGGCCGAGAGCCCGAGGCCAGCUUUACCCUGCCUCCCCUCCCCCAGGACAUGAACGUGCCCCCCACCCCACCCCCGCCGCGCCAGCACAUCACUGAAUUCACGUCCAAGCCAAAGUUUCUCGAGCACUUUCUGUUCCUUGUGACCGCGUCUGAUUCCUUGUUGGUGGUGUAAACUUUGCUUUCUUUUCCCUCCUGCCUCGCUCCUGUGUUUGUUCUGUAGCUGAGGGCCGACCGGGGUGCGUUUUGAAGGAAGUUAGCGAGAGUCUGCCUUCCUCAGCCUCUGCUCUGUUUUAUUUAUUGUUGAACAUUUCCAAUGAUCCAAAUCAAAGUGAAUUAAAACAAAAAGCUAUUUUUCUCGUU